UCUAACGAUACUCAUCACAACUUCAUUUACAAAAUAAAAGUCAUCUCAUAGUAUUCCAAAUCUCAUAAACAAUUGUGACCAGAGAGUAAUUCUUGCUUAGCUCUCAUAAGCAAGCUUUUACUUACAACAAUGAAGAAAGUAGUGUUAAAGUUGUACUUACACGAUGAUAGAAUCAAGCGAAAAGCUAUGAAGAUAGCAUCGGGCCUUUCAGGGGUUGAAUCAGUUUCUGUUGACAUGAAAGACAAGAAAAUGACCUUAUCAGGAAACGUCGAUCCAGUGAGUGCAGUGUGCAAGUUACGAAAGUUGUGUCAAACUGAAAUAGUUUCAGUUGAACAAGCAAAAGAAGAGAAAAAGGACAAGGACCCUCCAAAAGAAGUACCUAUUCCUCAUGACCUCUAUCAACCCUAUCCUAUUUAUUAUUAUAUGACACCACCUUUGUAUAGUUAAAUUCACUAGGUUAGAGGUUUUGAAGAGAAUUCUAGAGUAGUGCCUGUGCCACAUCUCCUAAAUUUUAGAAUAUUUCAACGUUUGAUAGAAAGAGAUCAUGGAUAUUGUUGUUGGUUUUAUUUAUAUUUUUGGUGGUCUAGUAGAUUAUUGAAGAGUACUAUUGUACUAGGUCCAUGGGAAUAAAUAAAUAUGAAGACAAAAAUUUGAUGCGUUA